CUAUUAGCCCUAUUAUGGCUAUCAACUAUCAAUUAUUUGAUAACUGAUAACUUCUAUCAAUUUAUUGAUAAUUUGGUAUUAUGAGUAUCAAAUGAUAAUUUUUCACCCAUUGUGAAUACUAAUCAAUAUACGAUUGUGAAUAGGUUUUGUUUGCUGUUUGACGUUUGUCAUUUGUGCUGAGUUCUUGUGUUUUGUUUUUUAAAUAAUUUCGGCGGAAUAAUGAGUAGAAUAGUUAGCAACAAAAAACAACUAGAAAGGCUUGUGGAAUUGAUGGAGGAAAAUCCUGAGCUUGCAAAAGGCAUUUGUGCUAAGCCAGUUCUAACAAAAAAAUGGGAAGACAUCGCUCUGGAACUUAAUAGCUUGGGGCCUCCAGAACGGGACUCAGCUAAGUGGCAAAGAGUAUGGGCUGAUUUAAAAUGUAAAAUUAAAAAAAAAAAUUCGCAAAAUAAAAUUGAACUCAAUGCGACCGGUGGAGGGUCCAAUAAAUUGCAUCGAUUGACUGACACCGAAGAAGCAGUUAGCCGCCUUAUGCAUUUUCCUGCCUGCGUUGAUCCACCAGGUGUUGAAUUUGGAUUGAAUUCAACAAGUUUUCUUAUUGAAGAAGAUGAAGGAGUCGGAGAAAUUUCUGCAAUGGACACCAAAGAAGUAGUCACGGCCGUGCAGGUUGGACAAGUGAUUGCAGCGUCAACAAAUCCAAAUCGGAAAAAUAAGGCAACAUUUAAGGACACAAAUGAAAAAGAAAGAAUGGCUCUGUUGGAAAAGCAAACGUCGGCGCAGGAAAAAUUUUAUGACAACAUGAGAAUUCAAAGGUAG